AUGCCUUCCUACCGCAUAGACGAGGCUUCCACAGGCCGCGCAGGCUGCCAGAAUAAGGAAUGCAAAGACAACAAAGUCAAGAUUCUCAAGGGCGAGCUUCGUCUGGGAACUUGGGUCGACACGGAGCGUUUCCAGAGCUUCUUCUGGAGACACUGGGGAUGUGUCACACCUAAGAUUAUUGCCAAUUUCGGUGAGCUUGUUGGCGACGACAAGGACCUCUCUACUAUCGAUGGGUUUGAUGAGCUUUCUCCUGAAAAUCAGGAGAAGGUUAAAAAGGCUGUGGAGCAGGGCCAUGUUGAUGAUGAGGAUUGGAAGGGGUUAAUCCGCUCCGGAAUCUUCCUAACCUUCAGCGUAGAGUUUCUCUAUAUUUCAACAAGAUAA